GGGUUUGUGCGCUCUCAGGUUACGCGUAUGAAGUUGUGGACAAGAGGAUAUCGAAGACAUCCAGCCACUUAGAUAAGGAGGAAAGUAGAGGCUCACUUCUCUCGUUUCACUCUUUAAACUGGGAAAUACAAUUAAGUCCUCGUGCAGGGGCUGCGGAAAAGCAAGAAAACGACUUUGUGGCAUUUAACUGAGAGACCAAGCAUACCCAACAGUAUGCGGUGCAGUUAUGGCAGGCAAGGGUAAGACAGUCGUGAGGACGCUGGAGGAUUUAACGCUUGAUUCUGGUUAUGGUGGAGCCGCGGACUCGGUCAGGUCGUCCAGCGUGUCGCUGUGUUGCUCCGACACGCAUCAGUCCGUCUCACAUGGGGCCAACUGCUGGCAUCUGACGGAAUCCAUGCACAGCAGACAAAACAGUUUGGACACAGUCAACACCGUCCUGGCGGAGGACACGGAGAUACUGGAGUGCUCGGGUCAGUGCGCCAAGCUGCCCGAGCUGGAGGACGUGCCAUGGAGCCUCGGCGAGGUGGAGGGCGCAUUGAGGAAAGACGAGGAGCUGAUGGUGGGCAACCCGCCACCGGAGGUCUUGGCGCGGCUCUCGGCUCUCAUCAGCCGCGCACUGGUCAGGGUGGCACGGGAGGCGCAGCGGCUCAGCCUGCGCUACGCAAAGUGCACCAAGUACGAGCUUCAGAGCGCCAUCAAAGUGGUGCUUUCAUGGACCAUCUCCGUCAACUGCAUCACGGCGGCUCUCAGCGCCCUGUCCCUCUACAACAUGAGCACCGGGGACAAGUUCAGCCGAGGCAAGUCGGAGCGCUGCGGGCUGGUCUUCUCCGUGGGGAAGUUCUUCAGGUGGAUGGUGGAUAGUCGGGUGGCCCUCAGGAUCCACGAACACGCUGCCAUAUACCUCACUGCUUGCAUGGAGAGUCUGUUCAGAGAGGUGUUCAGCCGCGUCCUUCGCAGCGCGCUGGUGGAGAGGGACAACGGGAUCCCCAAGUUUACGCUGGAGUCACUGGAGCAAGCCAUCAACAACGACUCGGAGAUCUGGGGUCUGCUGCAGCCCUACCAGCACCUAAUUUGUGGCAAGAAUUCAAGUGGUGUGCUGAGCCUGCCAGAGAGUUUGAACCUGCACCGGGACCAGCAACGCUCGGGGAGAGGCAGUGAGUGUCAGGGAUACACCCAGGCCGAGCUCCGCACGCUGGAACAGUCACUGCUUGCAACCCGGGUGGGCAGCAUCGCAGAACUGAGUGAUUUGGUAUCCCGGGCAAUGCACCACCUCCAGCCACUGCACAUCAAGAACCCCAGCAAUGGGACUCCAGUCCACCAGAAGACCACCACCACAGUCCACUGGGAGCCUGAGGCCCUCUAUACCCUGUGUUACUUCAUGCACUGCCCACAGAUGGAAUGGGAAAACCCCAACGUUGAGCCCUCCAAAGUCACCUUACAGACUGAGAGUUUUUCACCCCACAAGCGAUCUUGUAAGAUGCUGCGUGGGCUGGUCAGUGCUGACACUUCCCUAGGCAUCGAGCAGAUUGAUGGGAACCAGGGGGACUUCACUUGGAUGGACAGAUAUUCCAACAUUUUCCCUCCACUCUGAGGAGAUGAAACUCCAUCCUGACGACCCUGGGGAGCAAAAGGAAUGUCAGGCGGAGUGACAUGUCAGCAGGCU